CUCAAUCACUGUUUAAACUUGAUUUUUACCCAUGACAUCAUAAACGUAAAUGCAUUUCUGUCCACUGGGGGGCGAUAAAGAAAACGAUUGCGGGCCGCCCGAAAUAUUAUAGAAGAAGACGUGCUUCCGUUAUGCUUGCUUCUGUUUAUCAUUAUUCAUCCACCCAUUUUUGCAGGAGUUGUCCGUAUAUUUAAGCAUAUGCUGAAACAGUAACAAUAAUAAAUGGCCUUCGCUCUGCCGGUGUGGCUCGCGGUGCAGGAGGAGCUCCUCGCGGAGCAGGACGGAGCGGAUUCUGCGACUCAAAGCUGUUUCGACGACUUCGACGAUGCAGCUUUGUACACCAUGUUUCACCUCACCAGACCGUGCAUCGCUUUCAUCACGGACGCUGUGACAGUCCGCAUGAAAAGCACCGCGGUGAAGAAACCGCCUCUGCCCAGGGAAGUGUCGGCCAGCUCCCUGAUCAUGGUGGCGCUCCACUAUUACGCACACGGGGUUUUGCACGCUGACAUCGCGCAGAGAGUCUCGCACAGCCAGGCGGACUGCUUCACGGUUAUCUCCGUAAUCUCCGGGGUCAUCGCAGGGAUGGCCGAUGCCUUCAUCUCAUUCCCGCAAAUCCGGGAAGCCAGAGCAAACGUCGCCUUCAAGACUGAGAAACUGUGCGGGAUCCCAAACGUGCUGGGCGUCGUGGCUCCAGCUCACUUCAAGAUCAGAGCGUCUCCGUACGACAAAGACAGCUUCAGGUCUUAUGUCAACACCCUGGGUUACACGUCGGUGGUGAGCCAGGUCAUGUGUGACUCCGACGGCAACAUACUGAGUGUGGAGAAAUGUUGCGUGGGCAGCACGGUGGAGCAGGAAAUGUGGGAGACGUCGUUCAAGGGGAGGGAGAUGGAGGAACACCUGCACGGAAAUACCUGGAUUAUUGCUGGUAAGGGCUACAAAUUGAGCAAACACGUCUUGACUCCUGUGUCAGAACCUGCAGAUUACAAAGACAUCCGCUUCAAUGACGCCCACGCAAAGAUCCACAAUGUCAUGCGGACGACGCUUGACCUCGUAAGGAGGCGUUUCAGGUGUCUGAUGCAACUUGGUUUUGCACAGGAAGGCUCUCUGGACAAAAAAGCCAACAUUAUCAAGGCGUGUUGUGUGCUGCACAACAUUGCUAAGAAGUUUUCUGUCCCUCCUCCGCCUGCGGCUGGUAGGAUUGAGCCCCUGCAUCCAGGCAAGCAGCGUUCAAUGCCUGUAGAGAGCAACCCCGAGGCCCUAAAAGCCAGACAGGAACUCAUCAAUAAGAUUUUCUCUGUUGUCUCCGGUAGCCAGGAGCCACGGAGUAAAGGCAUCACGGAGGAGGAGGAUGUGUGAGCGGAGCCAGUGUGUUUGCUCUGGAUCAUCAACACA